GCGCUAUGGAGCAGUACACGGCCAACAGUAACAGCUCCACAGAGCAGAUCGUUGUGCAGGCUGGGCAGAUCCAGCAGCAGCAGGGUGGUGUCACUGCUGUCCAGCUGCAGACUGAGGCCCAGGUGGCAUCCGCCUCAGGCCAGCAAGUCCAGACUCUCCAGGUAGUCCAGGGCCAGCCGCUGAUGGUGCAAGUGAGCGGGGGGCAGCUGAUCACCUCCACGGGGCAGCCCAUCAUGGUGCAGGCUGUGCCUGGGGGCCAGGGCCAGACCAUCAUGCAGGUCCCGGUUUCUGGCACGCAGGGGCUGCAGCAGAUUCAGUUGGUCCAGCCAGGUCAGAUUCAGAUUCAAGGUGGGCAGGCUGUGCAGGUACAGGGGCAGCAGGGCCAGACCCAGCAGAUCAUUAUACAGCAGCCCCAGACUGCAGUUACUGCUGGCCAGACACAGACCCAGCAGCAAAUAGCAGUUCAAGGGCAGCAGGUAGCACAAGCAGCCGAAGGGCAGACCAUAGUCUAUCAGCCGGUUAAUGCUGAUGGCACCAUUCUGCAGCAAGUUACAGUCCCUGUUACAGGCAUGAUCACCAUUCCAGCAGCCAGCCUGGCUGGAGCACAGAUCGUCCAAACGGGAGCCAACACCAACACAACCAGCAGUGGCCAAGGGACCGUCACCGUGACGCUGCCGGUUGCUGGAAACGUCGUCAAUUCAGGAGGAAUGGUCAUGAUGGUGCCUGGAGCUGGGUCAGUACCUGCCAUCCAGAGAAUACCUCUGCCUGGAGCAGAGAUGCUGGAAGAAGAGCCCCUCUAUGUAAACGCCAAGCAGUAUCACCGCAUCCUGAAGAGGAGGCAGGCACGGGCUAAGCUUGAAGCGGAGGGGAAAAUUCCUAAAGAAAGAAGGAAAUACCUGCAUGAAUCUCGGCAUCGCCAUGCCAUGGCCAGGAAGCGGGGAGAAGGUGGACGUUUCUUCUCACCAAAGGAAAAAGACAGCCCUCACAUGCAGGAUCCAUCUCAGGCCAAUGAAGAAGCAAUGACACAGAUGAUCAGAGUCUCCUAACCACUGCUAAUGAAAACAAUACCUGAAUAUCCCGUCCCUUCUGCAAGUCUGACCCACCUUCCCAGUGUAUCAAGCGAGCCUGUCAAGGGGAUGAUCGCCAUGUCACAGCCUGUCCUUUUCUACAGAACAAGCACCACGUUUUCAGUUUGUGGGAAAGGUUUUAACUGCAGCUGACUCAAUGCAUAGGAACUUAACGACUUUCUUGAUACGCUCCUCUGAUCCAGCGCAGGGAUUUUGGAGUCUGACUGCUCAUGCCUUUUUCUUCUUUUUCUGUUCUUUUAAACAUCUCUUGCAUUAAGAUUUGCCAUGGGUGAGUGUGCCACUGACAGCAAUAACUCUGGCAUAUGCUGAAGCAGGGCCAGCAAAGACCUAUUGGAGU